UCUUCAGAAAUCUCUUGUUUCAUUUUUUUCCCCCUUCCUUUUCUUUUUCAGGCAACCAAUAAAGAUGCAACUAAGAUCAGCACGGUGCGCGUCCAGGGCAAUGACAUUUCGCACCGGCUGCGGCUGUCGGGGGUCCGGCGGCAGGACGAGGGCAUCUACGAGUGCCGGGUGUCGGACUACGGCGACGAAGACACGCAGGAGCAUAAAGCCCAGGCGGCGUUGCGGGUCCUGCCGCGUUUCUCGCCUCCCGACGUGCAGGCGGCCGAAGCCGUCUCGCACAUCCAGAGCAGCGGCCCGCGGAGAAGCAGCCCGCCCGGGCGAGCCACGGCCGAGCCCGGUUUGGGAGACAAGCGCCUCCUACCGGCGCAGGGUGAAACUGCCGCUGCGGCCGCCGCUUCCUCCUCCCUCUCUUCCUCCUCUUCCUCCUCCUCUUCUUCUUCUUCUUCAUCCUCGGCGUCUUCAGCGUCCGCCGCCUCUUCCUCUUCCUCUUCUUCCAGCCCCGCCACCGUAGCGGCGCGGCGGCGGCGGCGGCAGCCUCGUCGGCCUCUCCUCGGCCAGCCUCCGCGAUCGUCCUCCCGCAGCAGCGAGGAUCAGGUACAGAACCUAUUUAUGCUACUCACUCAUUCUUCUGUACGCUCCUCUUCAUGCUGCAUAAGCUUGUACACUUGUUAUUAAACCACUGAUGGACUCCUUUAUCCAAUAAUCCUCAGCCAAAUGGAUGAGACCAUGAUUAGAACAAAAUGAAGAAGGCAACAACCCUCAACAAGAACUACAAUCUUAAAAGAUGGACAGAGAAAGACUGGGAAGGAAGCAUGACACAUCCUACAGGGGAAGGGUAAAGCAUAUUUUUGGGGACAUUACAUGAAAGGCUUGUCACCUGACAUGAUAAAUUUAGUUUUAAGAUCCUGUGGCAUCAAUGCCCUAUUUCACACAAGGUAGCUAUAAUUUUCUCUUUUUCUUUUGCAAUUGUUUUCUUUUUUUAAAAAAAAAAUCUUUCCUCUGGUAAUUAAUUUUGCACGAACUGUUGAACAGAAAGGUUUCUGAAGAAAGGUUCUUUUUUUAAUAGAUACUUGUGGUUAGGAUUAUUAUUAUUAUUAUUAUUAUUAUCAUUGCCUCCCUCUCCACUCUCCUCUUUUUAAAUUAUUUCUUUUUGAAAACAUUGAUUUUAAAAAAAAGGCACAUCUUACCGUGAUGGAUAUUCACUGUCAAUAAUAUUUAUUUUUAAAUAGAAAAAAAAAAUAAAAGAUUGGAAACAAGGUAAGACAUUUGUUUAUAAACUGUAUUGUAUAUUGCUGAAUAACAGUUGAAUAAUAAAAAAUGGAGAUUUUG